AUGACCUGCCACGGGACCUUGGACCUUCAUGACUGGGCCAGCAGCAGUCACUUCGACCUGGACGAUUACCUGCAGAUCCUACUGACCCUCAGCACCACCCUGCACGGCCUCCACGCCGAGGACUUCACACACAACGACCUGAAAACCGACAACGUGAUUGUCGGCGAGCGCAACGUGCCGACCCUGAUCGACGUGGGCCUCGCGUCGCCCAGGGACACCUGCCCCUACUGGUACAACGUGUCGCUCGACGUCGAGAGCAAGCGCGCGGCCAACUACGGCCACUUGGCCCCCGAGAUCUACUCCGGAGGAAGAGCGCGUCCCAGCGCCGACGUCUAUUCCUUCGGCAAGCUGUUGCAGAUGGCCUAG